AUGUCCUGUGUGCCACGAGGAUCGAUUCCAAAUGGACGAUCUCGGGCAGUUCUCCAGCAGAGCACGAAAGUCAUUGCCAGCGAUGCGCGACAGAGCCAUUGGCAAGCUGCACUUGCAACGCUUUGGAGUAUCGCAGAUAAGGAUGUGGAGGCAGACAGCAUUCUCUACUGUGCUGCACUGGGUGCUCUGGAACGCGCCAUUCGCUGGGAGACAGCCUUGGGCGUGGUUCAAAGCAUGCUGUGCAGAGCAGUAGACCUGUACGAUCAUGGCCUGAACUACGUCGCCCUCACCUGCAAGAAAUCUGGUCAGUGGCAGCGCUUACUGCGACUACUGGUAUCCUCAUUCCGAGGAGUUGAACAUCCCGCCCAUGAGGUCGCCUUCACUGCGGGCUUGGAUGCUUGCCGCGCACGCUGGGCUCAGGGCCUUGGUUUAUGGCGCUGCCUCGCACAUCUCCGUGCAGAAGCGGACGCAACAGCGUUGUCCGCAGUGGUUGCCGGGUUGCGCCAGGCUGCUGAAUGGCAGCACGCUGUAGGACUGAUGCAGGAGUGUUUCCGCUUUGGACCUGAACCAGAUGCCGCGCUAUGCAAUGCCGUGGCAACAGCUUGCGAAGCCCGCCAGGAGUGGGAACAAGCACUAGAAGUAUUGAGGAAGAUGUUGUCUUCGGAGGUGGAGCCCGACAUCAUCACAUUCAGUGCCAUCAUAAGUGCCUGCGAGGCAGAUGAGCAGUGGGCCUUUGCGCUUGCCAUCCUCACGGAGAUGCAAAAGCACUUGAUCACUUCUAACGUCAUCACGAACAAUGCCGCAAUUGCGGCAUGCGCUGCAGCGGGUCAAUGGGUCCAAGCCACGGCGCUCCUUCGUGCCAUGUGCAAUCCAGAUGCUGUCAGCUUCAAUGCGGCAAUCGCUGCUUGCGAGGCUGAUGCAAGGUGGCAAAUAGCUGUGUUCCUGUUGCAGGACAUGAAGCUCAAGCGCCUUUUGCCAGAUGCGCUGACACACAAUGCAGCACAGCGAGCCUUGAAGGCGGCCUGGCAAUGGCAACGAUCACUGGAUCUUUUGGCAGACAUGAAGUCGGACAUUUGCAAUGGAGGAAUGAUGCCGGACUUAAUCACCUACUCGGCUGCCUUGUCGGUAUGUGAGAAGGUGCUGGCAAAGGACCAGGCUGUGGCCCUGCUGGAAGAAGUCGACAUGCUGGUCAGCGGUGAUUGGCCAUGGCUGAUGUGUACUGCGGUUCAAAAGGCACGACUGCAGCACGUCCAGGGGACAGCCUUCGGCUUGCUGGAGGAGAUGCCCUGUCUCACAGACAGUUACCUGGAGGCACUCUUCCUGUGCCAGAUGUGCGUCAUCUUCCUGGAUCCUGGGCAAGUCUCUCUUGACUCGAACAGGCUGGCCCUGGCAGUUCGCAGCCUCUGCGUGCUCGUUGUUUUCUGCCGGAGAACAUUGCUGCACCAGCUCCUGAAGCUGUCAGGUGAGCCAACGGCCUGCUUGGAGGCAUCAAGGCAUCUUCAGAGCUUUCUCGGUGAGAGCAUGCCACGCCUUUUCGAAGUACUUGCCGACCUGGCUUGUGGAAAAGGGCGUUGCCAGACCGUGCGACGCUGUGGCCUGUGGAAACUGGCACUGGAGGCACUCUUCUACUUGGUGGAAGACAGCCUGGCAGCUAUUGGACGUUUCGAUCUGGACUCCGAUGCAUCCAAUAGCUACUGGAGCGCGUUGACCACAUCCUUCUCAAGGGUCCUGAGCGGCGCUCUCCAGUCACCAAGGCGAAGCACUCAACCAGUCCCGACAAGAUCCAGCAAAUGCGACCACAACAGGUCCGAAGCGAACAUGGCGGAUGUCAGUGUUCUCUCGCAGGUGCUCGGCAAUCUUCUCAUGCAGCGGAUCCUGCCAUGCUCCAAGACGCCGGCUACUGCUGCAGAAAGUGCAGUGCAUCUACUUCAGGUGCUGGUCAGUCAGCAGGGCAUGGGCUCAUCGAGCCUCAGGCACUUCUUCGCGCUCUGUGCCAUGCAGCCUGAGGUGCCAGAGGUCGGAAAUCCCACCGAUGAGGAAGAGUUGAAGCUGAGCGUCAUCACUGCCACAGCCAAAGGUGCCACGACAGUGUCAUCGGUGAGGCAAAUUCCGUGUCGACCAGCCCUACUUGGCAUUGCAGUACCAGCACUAGUGGCCCACGUUCGUGCACUUUUCGCGAGAUAUUUGCAAGAUGAGGAAGCUCGGCAGAGGGGAGCUCCCAUGGCCGACGCAGCCGCGCAAAAGGCAAUCGAGGUCCGUCAGGCCUUGAUGCUUUUGCAAAAGAUGCAAGUAGACGAGGCCGCUGUUGCAGCAGCGACGACAGGCGCUUCUCUAAAGGCCAGAUCAGCAUGCAGCUUGGCUGGCUCUCGUGGCUUGGUGAUGGCGUUGCUUCCACAGCUAGCAUCCCUGGCUUCGGUUGGGGCACCAGAUGUGCGGCGAGCUGUGCGAGAGGUUCUGGAGGCCUUGGCAAGUGAGCUCGAGUUGUAG